AUGGCUGAGAAGGUUACUGUGAUGGUGCUGAAGGUUGAUCUCCAAUGUCCUUCCUGCUACAAGAAAAUCAAAACAAUUCUUUGUAAAAUUCCUCAAAUUAGAGGGCAGAUAUUUGAUGUGAAGCAAAAUACAGUGACAAUCAAUGUAGUAUGCUGCAGCCCAAAAAAAAUUCGUGACGAAUUGUGCUGCAAAGGUGGAAAGGUUAUCAAGAGUAUUGAAAUAAUAGAUACAGAUAUCAAGAGUAUUGAAAUAAAAAAGCCCGAUACGGAAGGGAGUGAUAAGCAACAGAAAGACCAACUGCCUCCAACACCAGUGACGGGGCUCGAUAUUCGAAUCACACUUGAUCAACCGGCACGGACUUGUUGUGAACCAUGUUCACAUGGUUAUGGUGGGGGUCCAUGCUACCAUGGGUACCCACCGCUGCCGUUGUGUUCCAACAGUUAUUAUGGUUAUGGGUAUGGGCGUGAGUGUAAAUGUGGCUGUGGUUGUUGUUGUGGUUGUGGGAGGGGUUGCCAUCUGAGAAAGUGUGUUUGUCAUAUUGAAGAAAAUCCCACAGCCGAAUGCAAGAUCAUGUAA